GGGCCGCCGCCGCCCUGCCUCCUGGUCGGAGACUCCCAGCCCGGGAACUCCCCCGGGGCCUCCUCGCCAGCCCGCCUCGCGGGGAAGGGGAGCCCCGAGGAGGAGCCCCCCCCAGCCGCCCCCAGCCCGGUCCUCCAGCCCCUCCCCCGGCCCACGAGCAGGGGCCAGGCGGCAGACGCCCCCACUGAGGAGGAGCCCCCCCAACCACCCCCUCCCCAGACCUGUGGAUUUUUCUCUUUGUGGGUGUUAGAUUCUGGCACAUCACAGUCAGGCCUGGGUGCUCUGGAACUCUCCCAAAGCCAGGAGUUAGAAAGCUCUGUGACAGCAAGCAGUGCGGAUGAGGAGUGUGUGCAGUCCAGAAACGCAACUUUGGAAGGAGAGGACAGCUCCAAAGGUGAUCAUAAUACAGCGGCACCUGGUGAAAUAACAGGGCUUGGGAAUGAUUGCAUUGAAAGCUCACAGGUCAUGUCCAGUAGCGCCCCCCGAAUUCUGCAGCUGUGUAAAGAGACCAUCAGUGGCCCAGUAUCUGCAUGCGGUCGACAUGAAAGGAGGCCACCAGCAAGGGAACCCCGGCGGCCGGGUUCACCUGGUGUUGAGAUCUUGUCUACUCAGGAGGAUAUGUUUGAUCAGACUAGAAUGAAAGCUUCAGCUGGUAGCAGUAGUGUGCCCAAGGUGGAAGAUGCAGGUUCUCUGACACUCACACCUGUUGAUUCUCUGCAUGUCCUUCACCUCUCUGGACAGGGUCCACUUUUCACUGGUGCUUCUGGUGGUACUGUACCUUCCCCUGAUAACUCUCAACCCAUCCCUCUCAUUGUCCCAAGAAGCCCAACGGAACAGUCUGCAGAAGGUAUGGAGCAAAAGGAGUCACUGGAUGGGAAGGCAGCCGGGCCUCCACAGGCCUCCACCCCCGUCUCUGGCAGCAUUCCUUCUGUUGCGACAGGAUUCAUUCCUGUGCCCUCGCAGCCAGAGUUUUCCCACGACACUUUCCUCCCAACGCCCAGCUUGGAGGAAGGGCCGAAGGUGCCAGCAGAGAAAGGAGAUGGCUCUGAAACUCUGGAGAAAGCCACUGCCUCAUCUUCAACAGAGGGUUGCUUGGAUGCUUGUACACUGGUACUUUCUGCUAGUGAGCACAGCCAGGCCACUAAGGCAGAGGGCAGAGCUCUGCAGCAGGUGGCGGGAGAGGGCACGGGGGCAGAGCUGAGCUGGAGCCAGCAGCAGGGUCGUAGGAAGGACAGCCACGCCUCGAGUGCACACACUGUAGGAAGCACCUCCACUGCCCCCCUUGGGAUUGGAGAUGGGCCCUUUACGGUCCUUGGGGAGCAGCCUUCUCAAGGGAACUCGUUGGGAAAAGGGUCCUUGGUCCUGGAGGAGUCUGAAAGUGUUUCGGAGGAGCAGAGAGAAGCAAAAGUAUCAAGCGAUGAAGGAUGUUCCUCUCAAGAACUCUCCCUUGACCAGGAAGACAGGGCAGCCAAGCAAAUGGCACCUGCUGCAGCUUCAGCCAGAGAGUGCUUCCGAACUCUGCCCCAGGUGGCUCAAGACAUGGGGGGCUUCAGGGAAGAAGACUCCUUGAGGGGGGCUGAGGCUGCCCAGAGGGUGCGCCCUCCUCCAGUGCUGGAAUGCUGUGAUUCCCAGCCCCUGCUUGACAGAGGCCAGGAGGGGGUCGCUGCCCUUCCAGGCUUGAAGCUGCCUGCUGCCAUCCCUGCAGACGGAAGUAGCGAGCAAGGCUGCAUGGAGGAGGAGGGGGGCCUUCCACGGGAUGUGAGGAGGAGCGCUCGGCAAGGCAGUGUGCUGGAGAGCCAAGCUGGUGGAGAGCCCGUUGCCACGUUGGAGAGCCAGCCGACUCCAGAAGGGAACCUGCCACUGCCAGGGAAAGGGGAGGAGGAAGUGCCUCCGCAGCAGGGAGUGGAUGCUGAAAGGCAAACGGAGAACCAGCAGCAGGAGCCAGCAGGUGCGCCAGAGGGAGAGAAGCAGCUGCAAGCGAAGCCGUCGGAUGGCCCACCUGCAGAAGCUCUGUUUCGUUUCACUUUGAAGGAGGGGGCAUCCCUGGCAAACAUCACUCCGCCCCUUACUGGCCAGCUUAAAAAGGGCCCCAGACGACACAGCACUCCUAUUGUGAUUGGGGGCUGGCCAGACAGCACCAUAGCAACCAGUGAUGUCACAGCGGAGGGUGCCAGUGAUGUCACAAUGGAGAGCUCUGGGGCUUCUUCGGAGAUGGAGAGAAGUCCCAAAGAGGAAGAGGAAGGGAAGCUCUCCUUGCGCAUGAGCCUCACCACCCCGGUCCCUGAGGAGGAAAGGGGCUCUCUCCCCUUCAGCCUGCAGAAGCCUGUGGCCAGUGAAAGGAAGAACGGGUCAGUUGCUGACGCCAGUUCUCUGACAACACCGUCUAUGUUCACUCGUAUCUGUGAGGCCCAACAAGAGAAAAAGAUUCAAGGGCCAGAAUUACCUUGUUCACCAAUCAGGGGUGAGCUGUUCAGUUUCCCGAGAUCUCAAGAAGAGGAGACACGACCCAGAAAAUGCCAGAGCCCACGGACUCUGGAGCCCCUGAGCUGUGGACAGGAGCUGGGCUUGCAGCCGAGUGUUAAGCAGCCAGUGAGGAGGAGCUGCACGGCAGAGGGAGAAGCCGUGGAGGUGGCAGCGUCAGGAGCUCAGGAGGGGGAAGGAAGUUGGGCCCGGAAGAGGCCCAGUUCAGCGCUCCCUGCAGGAGGAGGGACUCAGGGCGGCCAAGUGGGCAGAAGCAGCAAGGGGGUCCAGACUGCAGCAGCGGCAGCAGCAUUUCUCGGUGAUCCGGCAGUCUUUGUGUCAGCAGCGACACAGACAGCACCUGGCAGUCAAGUGGAAGCAGAAACCAGCGUGGCUGAGUUGGAGCCCACAAGUGAUCCUGGGAAAGAGCCGCAGCCGCCAGAUAACCAGAGUGAAGAAUUGGAUUUGCCCCCAUUGCCUCCUGGCAGAGUCUUGCGGCGCCACAUCCGGACGAUCCGUGAAGUGCGUACAGUCAUCACGCGGGUGAUCACAGAUGUCUACUACAAGGAUGGGGUGGAAGUUGAGCGCAAGGUGGCUGAGGAGACGGAAGAGCCCACGGUGGAGUGCCAGGAGGGUGAAGUGGAGGCCUCUCCCUCUUCCCGGACAGGGGGCUCUUCCCUCACCUCUGGAGACCUCGGGGACAUCAGCUCCUUCUCCUCCAAGGCCUCUGGCCUCCAGCGCUCAUCCAGCGGAGGCAGCAGUGGCUUGUCCAUUCUGCCCAGCACCACGAGCUCUGGGCGCAGGGUGGCGAAGCUCCUGAGAGCAGCAGGAGCAGGCCGAGGAGCGGAGUCUGGAGGCAAGAAGCAGAGCCCUAAGAAAGGGGGAGGCCAGCUGGACGCCAGGGCCAGAUGUGAGGAGGAGCAGGAGGAGGGGGAGGAAGAGCGUGGCCACCAGCAGCCGCUUACCCCCCGUGGGCGAGGGAGACGUGGCCGGCCCGCCUCGCGGUCGUCUGGAACAAGGAGUGGGCUGGCAGCACCGGAAGGCCUGUCGCCAACAGGCUCGCCAAAAGAGAAGCUCCCGGGUUGCCUGAUGGAGGGGCAGGAGUCAGCUGAUGCCUCUCUGCGCCGCAGCAACUCCCCUGAGAUCCCCCUGCAGGAAGGGCUGGCUGCUGCCUCGGACGCUGCUGGCCUUUCCUCCUCUGGAAACAGCUUCGUGGGCCUCCGGGUGGUGGCCAAGUGGUCCUCCAAUGGCUACUUCUACUCUGGGACCAUCACACAGGACGUGGGAGGGGCCAAGUACAAGCUGCUCUUUGAUGACGGCUACGAAUGUGAUGUGCUAGGCAGAGACAUCUUGUUGUGUGACCCCCUCCCGCUGGAGACGGAGGUGACCGCCCUCUCGGAGGACGAGUACUUCAGUGCAGGAGUAGUGAAGGGGCACCGCAAAGAAGCCGGGCAGCUCCUCUACUGCGUGGAGAAGGACGGGCAGAGGAAGUGGUACAAGCGGGCCGCUGUCAUUCUGUCCUUGGAACAAGGGAACCGGCUGCGGGAGCAGUUUGGACUUGGCCCCUACGAGACCAGCACCCCUCUGACCAAGGCUGCGGACAUCAGCCUCGAUAACUUGGUGGAGGGAAAACGGAGGAGACGCAACCACCUCGGCCCAGCCAGCACCACCCCCACGCGGAAGGCCCCCGAGAGCCCCUCCCACGCUUCUCCCCGGCCGCUCUCUGGCAAGAGGAAGCUGAUGGCCUCUGAGGACGAGGAGCGCUCGCCUGCCAAGCGAGGGCGGCGGCCGGCCCCAACCAGAUCGGGGGAGGUGACGGGUCUGCCUGGCACUAAAGACUCCAAAGACCUCUUGGCCAUUGACCAGCGAUGGGGGCCUUUGCCCCGCAACAAGACCCUCUUUCUGGGGUACGCAUUUCUCCUCACUGUGGCCAGCCCCAGUGAUAAACUCUCUGGCCACCAGAAGUCUGCAGUGAGCAGUGAAGAGGAGGAAGAACUCCCGGAGAUGGCGCCUUUCAACAAACAGUACAUUGAGUUACAGCUGCAAUCUGGAGGCGGGUUCAUUCUUGAGGAGUUCAAUGAAAGCCAGUGUCGUGCGGCCCACCAGUGUUUCCUGAUUGCAGACCAGCCCUGCCGCAACCGGAAGUACUUCCUCUGCCUGGCAGGAGGCAUCCCGUGUGUCUCUCACCUCUGGGUCCAUGACAGUUGCCAUGCCAACCAGCUGCAGAACUACCGUGAUUACCUGUGGCCAGCGGGCUACAGCCUGCUGGAGCAGAGACUGCUGGAGUGGCGCCCCCGAGAGAACCUGUUCCAUAAGCUGAAGGUACUUCUGGUGUCAAAUGAACUGCGGAACUUUCUGGAACUCUGGGCUGAAGUUCUCAUGACUGGGGGAGCAGAUUCUGUGAAGAAACAUCAGUCUGACACUUGGAAUGAAGAUGUUGGUCUGGGCGUCUUUGAUGUGGUGGUGACUGACAGCUCCUGCCCGGCGGCCAUCUUGAAGUGUGCCGAAGCCUUGAAGCUGCCCAUGGUCAACAAAGAGUGGGUCAUCGAAAGCCUCGUGGCGGGUGAGACUGUCAUCUUCAAGCACCCGCAGUUUCGGGUGGGGCCUGACCCCUCGUGAACUGGCCGGUCUGCUCCGCAGCCUUCCCCUGUCUGCCCGUUGGCCUGUGCAUGUGCGCUUCAGUUAAUGGUUCGUUCGCCUUUUAUGGAAAUAAACAUUGAUUUUUUUUUU